GUCCGACUAACUGACGUUUAGGGUUUAGGCGGGGAGAAAAAUGAAGGCGAUGGCGACGGGGGAGGAGACGAGAGAAGCAGUAGAAGAGAGCUUCGAGAUAGGGGGAGCAGAGGACGCAUCGGGGUCUGCCCACGGUGGGAAGGCGGAGGAGGGCAUGACGCCUUGGGAGCAGCACGCAGCGGUGAUCAACCUCCCCCGUUACGACUACGCCGCCCCCUCCUCGCUUCUUCACGAAUCCCGUUCCGGGUUUCUCAUCACCUGCCCCAUCAAACGUGAGAAAAGUGCCACAAAGGAAGCCAUUUCCCUUCUUGAAGAGGGGAAGCUGCUGAACUUUGCUGAUAUGGCACAGAUGGGCAUCGAAAUGCCUGGUGUACAGUUUGUUAGCUGUACAUCAAGAAGUAGUGAGACCUGCAGUACAGAGAUUCCUGCCAAGAAAAGGAAACUAUCUGCAGGAGUAGAUCCUGAAAAUGCUGAAAGCAAAGAAAAGAGUGGAGUCAAUAGUGUUUUGGAGGCUUCUGGUGAGGAUCUCAAAGGGAGCAAUAUUCUUUCAUUGAUGAAGCUAACAAGGAGUGGUUUGCUUCUGUUCACCUUUCCUAACAAUAUUUCCUGUCCCGUGGUUGGUGUAGUAUCAAAUAUAUUUCAGUUUUUGAGAUCUGGAAAGCUGAAACCUCCUCUCUGGUGCCAUCGCAUCUUUCCUAUCCAAGAAACUUGUGUCCUUGAGGAGAAGGAUCUACAAUUAGUUGUUUCAAAACUUAUGCGAGAAUACUUGGGCAAAGAUCAGGAGAAACUUGAGCGAACUAUUAAGUUUGCAGUUGGAUAUAACAGAAGAGGCAUUGAUGAGACAGAGAUGAAGUCACAGAAACAUACUAAUAAGGGCUCAGUGGGAUCAACUUUGUUGGAUCGUGAAGCAUGUUUCAAAGUUGUAGCGGGGGCAGUUAAAGCUGUUGCAAAAAAUUCAGUAGUCGAUCUUAGGUCUCCCGAGGUGGCUGUGCUUGUAGAACUAUUACCCAUUUCAGGGGUUCCAUUUGGAUCAUUAGUGGUUGGAGUAUCUGUUCUUCCACUAGAAAUUGUCACCACCAAGCCUCGGCUCUGCGUCAAGUCUCUUGUUGCUGAUAUAAAUGUUACAACGAGAAAUGUUUAAAUGCAAGACAUCUGCUGCUGCUGUUCAGUGCUCUCCACCAACACAAGGGCACUACCAUCCCUGGUCAUGCUAGUGGUGUUUACCAUUGCUCCUUGUCCAUGAUUUCCUAUAUCCAGAAGAAAUUGGACAAUAGAUCAUGCCAUCUUAUGUUGAUCUACGGUUGCUAGAACACCCAACAUGGCUAAGGACAAAAGAAGCCAGCAGCAGUGAUGGUACCUUACAACUUUUUUCAUUAUCGACCAAAAAGUGUUUUUCAUGUGACUGUUGUACUGUAAAUGUUAUUUUUUUUAGUUUCGGCAUCCUGAAACAUUUUUUUUGUUUGCUCAAUGGUGAACUCUUACGGACUCUUGAAUAUGAAUGGUCGAGAACAGCAAGGCCGAUGUUAAACUCGGGAUGAACGCCGUUUGUUUACUAUGAAACAUAAUCAGCAAUGACCAAUGAUGAGUUUUUGGA